UAUGUACCAAAAUAUAUACUACAUCAAAAAUACGAACGGAACGACGACGAACAGUGGUGUUUCGCCAUCGCAGCAAUGUUUCUUGUACGAUAAGAAUGCGCCGAGUUUUAAAUCGUCCCUUUCGGAAGGUUUUCCUUUCCGCGGUUUUCCCGAAAGCGAAACCUCCACGCUUCAAUGUCAACUGUGCAAUCCAAAUUCUGUAUCGUAUAUUAACCUUCAGCAGCGGCAGUUCGAUUUCUCGAAUCGCCAAUUAGGCAACAACUCACAAAAGUGGCUAGAUAAUUACAACAGCGGCCAAAUGUCUCAUCGGCAGUAUAUGCUUAAUAAGAAAUGUGCACCUGUGCGAAUCAAUACCGAUAAUGAAUCACAUCUUUGUUAUUCGUCUCGAACAGUGUAUCAGGAUACGUGCAACCGUACCGAUACGUCAACCAAUUUGUGGGACAAUAAGAUUUUCUCACUGUUGAACAACACCGUUAAAGAGAAUUGUAAAGAAAUAUAUCUCGACGACACGAAUGUUAUUUCUGAUAAAAAUAAAAAAUUUGACAUUUUGCGAACGAUACUCGAUAAUCGUCAAAAUGCGACAGUUAAACAAAUUAGCGACGACAUACGUAAGAUGGACGUGUGCGGGGACGGUGAUCAAGAUGUUGUUGUGGAUGCGGACGAUCUCUUGGCGACGGCAGAUGACAAGCUCAAAACGAGCUUGAAGAACUUUUUGAAACGGGCCCAAGAGGGUAUAUCCAUUGAACAGCCGGCCUUUCCCCGUACCAAGAUGUAUCCGCAAGCGGGUUCCUUGAAUCUGAUAUAUUUUACAUCGAAAGACCGGAAACCUGAAAUUGCGAAACGCGAGGUGAUUUUAGACAGAGAUCUCACAUCUGAUGCGUCGCGCGGCGAAGCUGCGAAUUCGAUGAGAUCGCGAAACAUUAUCUCAGAAAUGAAGCGAAGAAUAUCGAACGAAAGAACGAAACAAGAAGCGUACGCUCGCGCCAACAAGUUGCAAACAAAAUGCGAUUCGCAAAAAUUCAGUCGAACGAAUGAAUUACAGCGAAAUAUCGUAGAUUACGUUACGGGCAACGAAGCGGUUGAAAAUAAACUGGAGCGUAAAGGAAGUAACGCGGAAGAAUCAAUGCACAGUUUCUCGUUCAGAUACAAAAUAAUGGGAUCGAGUUUGAACAACGUGAUAAAUCCAGAGAACACCUUUCAAGCUCUGUCCACGUCUCAGUUAGUCGCGUACAAGAAACAAUACUACGACACACUGAACGUUCAACGGGCUAAAGUCGCAGUAACGAAUUCCCUAGCGUCUUCGGACAAUCUGACGGUUUGCGACAACGCGUAUUGCUCGAAUUACAAGUGUCGACGGCAACAUCUGCUUCAUCAGCAGCGUCGCUUCGCGACGAGACCUCCGUAUCCGACGUCGCUAUCUGGAUUGUCGGAUCUGCGCAGCAAUCAGUACAGUUGGGCGAGAUCUGACUGUAAAUAUUUAUUACUGAAGCAAUUGCGACUUCAACAGGUGAGAAGAGCAAAUAAUUUUACUUUUUUUUUUGUAGAUCAUACUUAUUUUUACUCACCCCGUAUAAUGUAAUCGUUACAGACUUCGCCGUUAUAUUCCCGAAAUCGAAGGUACGUUUUUCAUCUCAACUGAGAGCUAAAUAUUACGAUCCUCUUUUUUUAACACACUUGAUUCUCUCGAAUCAAGUAUUCGUGAUCAUCACCGUGACAUUAUUUUGGUUUCUUUGGUUUUCAAGCGACUAGAUUUGUCGCUGCGUCAAAUCCGCACAAUAUUUCCGGUUCUUUCAUACCAAACAGAAGAUGUCAAACGACGCACUGGUCGUGUGAGUUUAGAAGACACAAUCGAAAAACUGAAGAAAUGCAGCAGUUUGUUGUUUCGCACUGGUUCGUUCAGAGAAGUUCCGUUGAACGGCAAUUGAGAAUUUAGUGUGCACGCGUGAAUAUUAUAUAUACAAUAGUUCCUUUUGUAAUUUCUGUCUGACAUUUGUUUGGAUAUCGAGAUGAAGAGGACUGCGACUUAAUGCAACGAUAAUACAUUUUGAUCACCAAAAAAGCGAUAACCGGCUGUCCUUGCGUUAAGUCACAGAGUUAAUACAACAGUAACUGUAGGAAAAACUCAUAUCAUAUGUAUUGAUAAAAUAUUUGGAUAAACACACACAUGAUGUGUAUAUAUAUUUACACACAUACUUAUAUAUAUAUAUAUAUAUGUUUAUAUAUAUAAGCUCGACGUGAAUCUCAUUAUAAAAUGUUCACAUUUCUCAUCGCAUUGAAAAUAGUGUUGCUUAUCGACUUGAAAAAACAUUAUACCGUGUCCUAGCUAUUUGUGUUAGAUUUCUCGUUAAGCGUUCUAAUAUUACGUGAGAUAUGAUUCUUGUGAAAUUCAACGCCCAACGGUUUUUGUUUUACUUAUGAUUGUGUUUACGUUUGCGUGACAACAGCUCUCCAAUGACGUAUAUAUAUAUAUAUAUAUAUGGAACAACAUAUUGCAAUUAUCGUAUUUAACACCAUUUACAAACUGUUUCUUCUGUCCAAGUGAAGUUACACACAAGAUUCACUCUAGUGACUAGAUGUAAUUCGUGUGAUAUUUUGUCGUUAAUAACACAAUUAGACGGUCACACACAUACGCAAAAAUCCACACGAUCAACAUAUAUAUAUAUAAUACUCGUCGUUCAUUUAUUCCUAAAUGUACAAAAUGAAGAGAUUACGGGAGAACACUCACACUUGGGUGUUACAUGACUCACAUCGAUCAUUUAUUGUCCGGAUCGUCGUUCGAUCGCUAUCAGCACGACAGAUUACCAAGAUGUUCUGUCGACAGAUAAAUUGCUUAGUAAUCCGUUCGGCUCGGUCUACUAUUCAUUCGUAUUUACUUCAGCGAACACAUUCAGUUGGCCGAAUUUACCUAAAAGACUUUGUCUGUUUAUAAAUAACGUGUCGCUACAAUUUGAUGUCCACUCUAAGUAUUGGCAUCACAUCACACUGUUCACUCACAUGUAACUAAAUAUAUGACGCUCUAUCUCAAUGUCCAAAAUACAUCCAUAAAUAUCCAAUAAAACACAUUCAAAAAACACUCGAACAAGACGAACACUCUUACUUGUCUAUUAUUCAGCGAAUGAAAAUUUAGGCCAAUUGAAUCAUCCCGUCGGGAGAGACGCACAAGUUGACAGGAAUUUACACAAAUUCUGCAAACUUCAAUUUCUCAAUUUUUUUUGAAACCUUUGUAAAGAACGCGUUUCAUACAAAUUUAGCACAAACUGAUGUUAGACACUGGCGUCUGAUUUCCUGUCAAUUUGUUUGUCGGUUCGCUCGAGAUUUCGAGAGGAUAUAUCAGAUCAUGUACAGGCUUGGAUUGUCAGGUCAUAAAAAUUGGAUAACAUCAUUAACAUUACAGGUCACUUGAUCGAGUUAAGUAUGUAAAGAAAACUUUACCACUUCUAUUUAAUACAGUAAUUAAAAUUUAUUGCCUGAAUAUAAUAAAUAUUUAUUUUCAUACAAACUCUACUAGCAAAAACAGUGCUUCAAAUAUAUAUCACAAACCAUACAACUAUUUUAUUAACUUCGUUGAAGCAAAUAAUUUUUGUAAAUGUUAAAGUGAAACACGUGGCAGCUUACGUUUUUAAUUGCAGCAACAAUUAAUGAUUUCAAUCAAGUUAAUUCGAUUUUUUACACGAUGGUAUUUGACAUGACAUAUCAAUAUAAACUACAAUGAGCUAUAUUGUUUUUUUUUUUCUGGCAGUGUCUGUACAUUUAUUUUUAAUUUUAAUCCAAACUAAUUUAUAUCUCUUACCCAUAACGCAUUUUAUUCACGAUUAAUUGCUCUAAAAUAUUUAUUUUGAAACACUUUCAAAUUUUCCAGCGUGCUAUAAUGAUGAGCGAUAUAUAUAUAUAAAACAAAAAAUUACGUCACAUUUCUGAUAUUACACAUCCAGUAGAACAAGUUUAUGACACUAUUAAUAUUUGCCACAACGAAGCUGCAUUUAUACGUUGGUAUUGUUCCUUACGACUCUGUACGUGAACACACACAUUAUUCUUACAUUAAUUUAAUUUACUUAAAAUCGACACAUCAACUUUCGAUAAAUGUGUUUCCCGUGUGCCUGUUCGCGAGAUUUGUGUUUGUUUACAUUAUUCGCGCUUUGUUGUAUAAAAAAGAUCUGAGUUGCUUUUUUUUUUUUUUUUUGGUAUCGUGGUCGUGGAACAUUGAACAAUGGAGAAACGAGGUAUCAGAGAAAUUCAUUCCGAGGAUUGAUAUGAUGCCAUUGCAUCAUCAGAGAAAGAGCUUGAAACGAUCGAUCAAGAGAAACAAGCUCUCAACAAUUGUUCUAGAAUAAAUUGUACUUCUAAUGUAUAUAUAAUAAUAUACGCGAUAUGUAUAAUACUAAAAAAUAUCUUGUUCUUUAAUAUUAAGGAGACAUAUACUUGUACAAAAAAGACUAGAGUUUAACGGAACAUUUGCAUUGAACUAUUAAGUUAACGAUGGAAUGUGUAAGUUCUAUCAUCUUUUCUUAAACAAUAUUAUAAUGAAGAAAACAAACAGAGUUGAAAAAAAAGCAAAAAAUUGUUUUUGUGUGUUUCAUAGGAAUUUGUUGUUACACAUAUGCAAAUUUGAAAAUAAAUAGAUGAGGUAUGAUUGCGCGGGCAGCAGUUAGAAUCGCCAUUUUUAAAAGAUCGGUCUAGCUACUGCGUG